AUUGUUUCAAAAUGGCCACCGUGAUGGAACGGAGAGGUGGAGAAAGAAACAAAUAACUCAUUAUUUCCAUUAAGGUCAACCAGUGUGGAUUUACCAUCGUGUUAUGGAUAGAUUUUACGUUUGUAGAAGAUAGUAAGCAAUACUGUCAGACCAUGACGCUGGCAAGCACUGGCUCCACUUCACUUGACCUUGGGAAGCCUGUGGAGGAUGAGACAUUCUGUGGUCCGAUCUGCCAGCACCCGGCCUGCUGGCAGUCAAAGCAGAGGAAAGAAAAGGGAUUCCCACGAUACACCUGUCUAGCUCAGUCACUCCCCGAACCUUUGGAGACAGAUCUCCCUAACUUGACGAUGUACAACCUUCUGGAAGACUACGGCCAUGACCCUAGUGACCGCUACCCGGUCCGGUUUGAUGGACACUGGCUGUACCACACAGAAGAUGAUAAAGAUGCAGCAAUUUCGGCGAGGCCGAGGAAGCCAUUGCCGCCAACACCAAGAAGCAACGGUCGAUGUGUGGAGCAUGUGCCUGAGCUGCACGUUGUCGAGGUCCAGGAGGUGUUUGACCUCGAUGACCUCAACAACAAGUGGGACGAGACCUUCCUCACCAAACAGUGCUACAUGUGGGUGCCCAACCCAUCCAGAACGCCGCGGGUUACCACGGAAUCACUCCAAUCACCACCAACAUCUGCUAUAGAGGCUGCUUACAGGCAACACCCUGUCUUAGUAAAAGAUCACACUGAGGAAAUGAUGCCACAAGAAAUAGAACGUCACCGCGAACAAACCAAAGUGUUUGACGAGUUUCCUGUGAUAAAGAAAAAAAUCAGCCAAGGCUCAAGUCUUGUCCACCCGAGAACACUAAUCAGAACACCACGGUUGAGCUCAUCGGGAAAACCACGGGUUGACACUGAAGGCUUGAAAGAUUUGCUGAACCUUCCAAGAGAUGUUCUAAUGCAGGUUUUGGACCACCUCAGAGAAAGUGAUUUCACGUCCAAGGAAAAAGUACGAUCUGUGAUCCAGCGUGUGAGACCCCAGGUGGAGCCAGUGGUUGCCAAGGGUCGCCUCUCCCCCAUUGCACCAGUGUUUGUCCAGCAGCAGAAGGUCAAGUUGCUACAGGGCAAGACACGCAAUGUGCGCCAGCCGUCAGUCAUCACCCAGCCAGUGUUUCAGCUGGACAACGACGACAAGCAUUCAGAUGACCUGCAGGUCAAGGGCCUGGGCAGGGACAGGGACCGGGACGUGAGCAAGGAUGUGUACACGAGCAGUGAGAUAGAAACUCGGGAUGCGUACUCUCUACAAGGCUUCGCCAAGUACAGGAAGGCACUGCCAGAAAUCGGAACCAUUGCAUAUUCAGAAGGUGGAUGUUCUCCUCGUCUCUAUCGUAGCAAACUCCCGUCGGUCUCGCUUGGUCUACCCGAACUGCCCUUCGGAGUUUCUCAGAUUCGUCCUUUCACUUACAAAAAUCGGCAAUACCUCGACCUUAGUAUUGGUCCUGUUCCUAGUCCACCGUCCACUAGUUGCAGUUCAGAGUUUGGUGGCUCUGACCAUGGAACAACCGUCCGGCCAAAUAUGACCUCUGCCUCCACACGAUUAGAUAAAGAUUUGUAUGGCGUUGUGUAUGAUCCACAGUACACCAAGCCUAAGUCACCCAGAGGUACUUUGCGCUCGAGAUCUCCCGCCCGUUCAUCGAGGACUCGCAAGUCGCCGCACCACCUAGUGGCAUCGAGGCAGUCGGUACCGAAGUCUGCCAGUGGUCAGCAUGCUGCAGACAAAGCACGGGAGAUCUCCAUGUCUCCUGUUCCCAAGUUCCAGGCGCCGGCCAACUCCCCCAACCAGUCUCCUACCACAAGUCCCCCUCCACCAGUAAUAUCAGUCACAUCUGGACUGAAUGAAGCAUCCAUGGUGCCUUGUGUUAAUGACUCAGAACAGAAGAUGUUCAGCGAAGAACCCUCAAGCACUAUAUCACUAGCUACAUAUAUGUGUAAACCAGAAUAUUUUGAGAUGGAUAGAAUGGUCAGUUUUGAUAUUCAAGCUCCAAAGGCUACAAUAACUGUUAAGAAAGAGCAUUCUGCCAUUGAAGCCAUUCACAGACUGUUCAAAGCAACUAUGGAUGUUAGUGUAUUUGAUUCAGGGCAGAAGACAAGUGAUGUGCAAAUUCAGUCAGCAGUUAUUCCUGAACCUGUUACCAUGGAUGCUGCUGUAGUUGAUUCACGGCAGGAGGAGACAAACGAGGCCUCGACAGGUGAUCCGUCAGUACAUACUAACAGUGUCUCUGUGACUAGUAAGGUUCCAGUUUAUCAAGAGAUAGAUAGAAUGGACAGUUUCGAAACUGAAGUUCCUAAACCUACAAUAAUUGUCAAAAAAACUAAUUUUGUGAAUGAAGUCAUUCUAGAUGAGGAUGAAGUAACCAUGGACACCACAGAUUCACAGCAGGAGACGAACGGAGCCAAAAAGUGUGAUGAGUCAGCAUUUAUUUCAGGAAUGUGUCAAGUGGACUCCACUAUAAAAGAUUCCCAACAAAAGGAUACAAGUGACAUCCACGUGGAUGUUCAGUCAGGUCCAAUAAUCAGCAAAGUACCAGUCGUUGAAGAUACAGUGAAAGAAGCAGAAAAGCCAGAAACGAAACCAUUAACAGACACUGUUCCAACUGAUUCCGAGCUGAUGAAGGCAGACGAACCCGAAACGUGUUCUCCAGCACUUUAUGUUGCUCCAGAGUACCCGUCUCCUGAUGUCUGGCCAGAAGUCAGUGAAGCAGCGUAUGAGCUGGCCAGUAUGCCAGCAUCCAAAGAGGAAACUGAGCAGGCUUCAAGUUCUGAACAGUUGAUCCAAAUCCCCACCUCGACCUCGAGGAGCAAGUCGAAUGGGAAGGAGUCUGACCGUGAGUCUCUGGUCCGGAAGAUGAUGGACGACACCAAGAAUGUGCAGUCGCCCGCUCCCCCUCCUCCGUCACCGGAGCUGAAGGGUCUGAAGAAAGCUGAGAGCGCUCAAGGGAAGUCUCAUGACUCGCUGGUGAUGGAGCCUCUGUACGAGGAGUGUGGCGAGGUGGUCGAUUCCCUCGCGUCUGCACCAGCUGCUGGUGAGUCUCCGGUGGAAGACGAUCCGGGGACAGCGACCUACGUAUCCCAUGUUGCACCUCUAGGCAGUAGCCACAGAGGAAAUGAAAUGACGGAACACUCGUUUGUGAAUGUUGACAUUCCAGCAGAUAUGCCACCUGGCAGUGACAAGACAAAUGGUGACGGGACGGUUAGGUCGUCUCUCAAAUCGGAUGCGGAUGGCACGACGUAUCGGUCGAAUAUUCCCAGCUCUGCGGGUGUCUCUGCAGCUGGCUACAUCACCGAGCGGACUCUGACGGGUGAAAUAGCAUCAGACGAGUGUGAAGACUCCUCUCCUGACCUUCUCUUUAAAGGAAGAAUGCCAGUUAGUAAAACUACAAAUGGAAGCAUGACCCAAGGUGUGCUGCCAGAAACAUCAAAACGUGAGGUGUUGGAGGACAGCGAAUCAACCACGGAUACUGAGAAAAUUAACAUGGAACCCAGACCUUGUAAUGCACCAAGAGAAAUUGAUGGAGCGGAAUCUGAUUUCUUCAUGGGUGAAGCAGAUAUCAUCCGGACUUCUACUGACAAUGAUGAUGAUCAAGGGCAGGACAUUCAAGUGUCUGAUCCAGUGGAUGCUGACAGCUCCGAGUCGAAGAUGAACACCGAGGCUCCGGUCAGCAAUGAACGAGUAGCAGGUGAGACUCCUGGUGGAGAUGUCAGGGAGGAGGAGGAAGUUGUUACUGGUCAGGUGGAGGAGCAGGCUGGUGAUGCUGCAGGUGAGGGGGAAGCAAAGGACACAGACCAGGACAUUUCUAAUGAACAACACUAAAACACAAGAACAGCUGAGCU